AUGCCCUCUCUGGCUUCACGUGCCCGCUCCGCGCCGCCUCCCCGCGUCCGCUGCGCUGUUGGCGGUGCUCAGGCGAGUGCCACUCUCCUUCCUCCUUGCCCCUUCUCUGGCGACGCCCCUCUGGCGAACGGGACCCGCUGUUGUCCUUCCUCCCUCCCUGCCUUGGCCGCUCCUGCCCGCGCAUCGCGCUGCUGCGCUCCACUGGCUGGCUCCCGCGCUGCUCCUGCGACCACUGCUCCGCCCGGCCUCUCCUCCCUGGGCGCCCGUAUGUCUCUGGAGAGCGCGGCUCAUCCUCCCACCAAUUCCCGCGCGCCUGCUGCCGCUCCAGCGAGUGCCCGCCGCCGCCACUCCAAUCUCCCUGCUCUCCCCGUCGGUCGUGCGCCCGGGAACCCCCCCCCACGCCCAUCUCCGUGCCGCUGCUCUCCUUCUGGCGCGUGGAACCGCUCCGCCCUUUCUCCGCCACGCUGCCUUUGUCUCCCCGUCUCGCGCUCCCUCUCAUCUUGGGCCAUUCGCUCCUGCUGA